AUGUCCGACAGUCCACUUUCAAUCGCUGCUAGUAUUACAGGAUUGCUUACAUUCUUUGCAGCUGUAGUUGCUGCUUUCUAUGCACAUGCUCUCGGUCUUCGCGAUGCCAUUGAUACACAAGCUGAAGUAUCUAGUGCAUUGGACAAAAUUUACCUUCUCGAAACCGAGACUGAUAUGCUGAACAAUGCAUAUCUCGCUUCGCGCAUUCGUCAACCAGAUCGAAAAUACGGUAUUGGCGAUUUCAAGUAUUUCCAAGGACUCUAUGUUCAAUCUUUAGAACGAAUGAGAGUGAUGGACAGAGAGUUGAGAGCGAGUGUCGAAUUGGUAACCAAAGGUGAUGGAUAUGGUAGGAUAUCUAGAGUGAAAAGAAAAGCAGCUUGGAUGGCGUCAAGAACCCGUAUUCAAAAAGAUAUUGAUGAGAGGAAAACUGAGAGCAUAAGAAUCUUUCAAAUACAGCUUGCGAUGUUAUCAGCUGGCAUGAUGAAAAUGCCUCCAACACCCCCAUCCCCUACACUUUCUGCUUCAUUUCUUGAUCGGACAUUAACAAAGAUAAAUAAUCAUGCAGAUAUAUCAGCCACGCCAAGUCAAUACCACACGCCUUUGAAAACGAAAAAGGAUGACAUAGCUAGGAUCAGUGAUCUUAAAGAUGGCGGUCAACUUAUGCAGAGGCAUGGAUGCAGGACACUUAACGAUUCGAUUUCGGAGGAAACUCUAUCGUCAAUAAACGUCUCAUCCCAAUGCGUUGUCGAUAUACCCAAGGAUACACCCAAGAAUAUCGCCAUUGAAUCCUCACUGGGAAUACCAGAGACCAAGACGCCCACAGUACCACCGCGACGAGCAAGCCUCACGAACAAAAGGAAGUCUUGGUAUAGCAUAUCAAGCAAGAAGUCCGAAGGAUGCAAAUCUAGCGCUAUCGACCAGGUCAACCUCUGCGAUCAAGUUGGAACUCUUAGGGAUGGGAAGAUGGCUGCUCUACAACCAAUAAAACAAACGCAAAGUGACAUGCCUAAGGAUCCUUCCAAUGAUCCCGUCACAAUCAUCGUCACAUCACCAACAUCAGAUGUUAACCCCCAGCAAGAAGAGUGGAGCCCCUCUUGCAGUAGCGCAUUGUCACUCUCACAAUCAUCACUUUCCAGUAUCUCGAGUCUCGCCACAACUCAACUCAUGCCCCCCUCAAUGACCUCCAGCACACCAAAAGACGCAAAAUCCAACGAAGCACCUGAAGUCAAAAAAUGGCUCAUCGGAUGCAUGAAUCGCAAAGCAGAUACCCUUCCCCGAAGACUCAUCUCUCGAAUGAUGGAAAUGUAUAACAUCAAAGAAGAUGAGCUUGAUCCUAGGAUGCUUGAUAAGCUUAGAGAAGACAUUGAAGAUGAAGGGGUAGUGCUUCAAGUCGAUGUAGAAGAUGAAAAGAAGGAUAAUAAAAAGGAGGAAUUCGAUGGCGUGGAAGCUCUACGAUGUUUGCGGACUUCCUUUCGCUCCGAAGUUCGAAGUGAUGGAAAAGAAAAAAUAGAGGGGAAACAUCUAUCGGGGCAUUUCAAUGAUACGGUAACUACGAAACGAAGCUCGAAAAGCAACAACAAUAACACAAAUUCGAAAGAACAAAGUCCACCAAAGAAGGUAGUUCCAGGCACAAACCCAAGAGUCUGGCAAAACUCCUCAUCUCGCGCUAGACAUUGGCCCACUUCCAACAUCAACAUAUCCGACGGAUCCUCAUUUGCCUUCCCGCCAUGCACACAUCCGUCCGCGAACUCGAAGCAUCGCACCCCCUCCAAGCCGCAGAAGCCAUAUCGACCUGGUAACAAGAACAUCUAUUCGACAUCUACUUAUUCGAAACGAGGAAUCUGUCCGCCAAGGAGGGGCUCGACGAUUUCUCUGAGCAGUAUUCCUGAACAUGAUGUUAGUGUGGGUUUUGAUGUCAAGGGAUUGGAUGAGGGACUUCGGGGUGCUAAAUCUAGGCCGAGGUCUUUGCCCUCGGUUUCGGGGGUGAGGAAGGCGGGGGUGUAG